CUCACUGCGUCUUCUCACAAGGCUUUCAGGAUCAACAAAUUCCUAACCAAGAAACAAAAGCAAAAUCAUUCCAUUCCCCAAUGGAUUCAGAUGGAAACUGCUAAUAAAAUCAGGUACAACUCCAAGAGGAGACAGUGGAGGAAAAUCAACCUGGGUCUACAAGGAAUUCCACAUGAGAUGCUGUAUCAUGUAUUUAUGCUGUAUCAUGGUCCUGAUCAACUUUCCAUGUCAAGCUGA